AUGAAUGCUUUUUUUGCAGUAACAAAAGCUGUGAACAUUUCGUCAACUACACAAGCAACAGUAUUGCAAAUGGCAAAAACUGCAGUCAAGCCCACCAAUGAAUCCAUCACGAGAAACUCCACAUCUUCUGCACCUAAUACUACUACACCACAAAUAAUACGAAGUACAGCACAACCACCAGUAAAUGUGACCACUACAGCAACAGAUAAAAGUGGCAGCACAAACAACACUACACAAGCAAGUGGAACACAAUUGGCACAAAAUGGGAGUUUGGUUGCUUCAUCUGCUUCAUCCGCUUCAUCUGCUUCAUCUGCUUCAUCUACUAAGGCAUCGUCUUUUUCUUCUACAACCUCACUACAAAAAACCACUUCUGCUCCUGGAACUUCAGCUUCUGACAGUUCUGAAAACAAGAAUGUGCCAGAGAGCGCUAUCCACUAUUCUAGCGUUAUCUUGCCAAUUGUCAUCACCUUGAUAGUCAUUACCCUUUCUGUCUUCUCACUCGUGGCUUUGUACAGAAUGUGCCAGAAGAAAACUCCAGAGAGACAAGAGAACGGCACUGAACAGGUCCAAUCAGAUAAAGAAGGAGUCAAACUUCUUUCUGUGAAGACAACUUCUGCUGAGACUG